AGAAAACAUGGGUCAUCUAAAAAGAGAUGACGGGAACAGGGAAAUGUGUCUGUUGUAAAGGUUUUAGUUUCGACGGUCACUCAUAGGCAUAGUCUUCCAAUGUCAAAAUUAGAAGGCAUUGGGUGUAGAAAAGUAGGCAAUAGGGUAAGUUAGCACGAUGUCCCCCUACCAAAACUUCUAGUAGCGUGUUUGAUAGUUUUGCUGUAAUCUAUAGCCAUCGGUCUCCACAUGUGAUGUAAUUUUACUAACUCGUCAGUCUCGGUAACUUCGUCCUGAGCUUGCUUUCGUUGCUUCAUUUCUUCAUCUAGGUUGAGUUACGAUUUGGUAGAACUAGAAGCUGCUGUAAGUCACUAGAUCGUCGACAAGAUUCAAUAAGAAUUAGAAUCAAUUCGAUAAAUAUCUUUUUCUAGUUUUGAAGGAUGUCCCCCACGGGGUCUUCGCAUCUGUCCGGACGUCUAUCCUCGUCAACGGUACCUGAAGGUGUGGUCGCUUCCUCUUCCUCCCAAGAAGAGUCGAGCGGUACAGAUCCUCCUGGGCUUGGCCUCGAUGUUGGUGGAGCAAGUAAGAGGACUAAGAAUCUCAGCACGAAGCCGGACACAAAGAAUAGGAAAAUGAACGGUCAAGACGAGGAGCAUAACCCUUUUAGCAGUGGAAUGUCUUUGAUGGGUGCUGCGGCAGUCCCUGGCGCGACGACGACCUCAACGUACACUUACGACCUUUUUGGAGGUGGUGCAAGUUCCUCAGGAGGCGGUGGAGGUGUAACUUCGAUGAAUAUGAUGAAAGACAGCGACACGCCGUCUUUACUAUUUCCGCCAGCUAGCGGCGUAGGUAGCGGUUCUAGCGCCAUCAAUGGCCAAACCAGUGCUACGACAAGCCGCGGAAAGUGGUUUCCUCGUCCAGUUCCGGUUCGCGGAAGCAGCGACGGUUCAUCACAUACUUCGCAUCUGAUGUUGCUGUCGUCCCAGCAUCUUGGAGGAGGAGGUGCCGGAACAGUAGAUCGUGCGUCGCCGUCUUCGGGCUCUACUUCGGCAAGACACCCGCAGCCCGCAUCGUCGAGCUCGAAGCGCGUUGUGAAGGCUAGUCGUAGCGUGCACUCGUUCAUUCAAGGAUCACCAGGCGAUGAGCCGUCCAUGCGUCGCGAUGGUAGUCGGGCGACUUUGUUCCACGAGAACGAUAAAAAUGGAAAUGCCAGUUCCUCGACGAAGGUAAAAAACAAGCAAGACCACAGCAAAAUGCUGACUACAACAAGAAGAGAGUCGACGAACAAAGAUCCACGACGAGCAAAUACUUCCAGAAGAAGAAGAAAUGACCAAACACAAACGCAAAGCACCAGUAGCAGAUACGCAGAUCAUAAACACAGAGACGAUGACGAUGCUCUUCUGGCCACAAGAUUGAGUGGAAGCGGCGCAAAACCUCCGAAUAGCGAAGAUUAUAUGAAUUUCGAAUCUGAUGAUGCAGCCACAGCUGAAAACGAAGAAGACGAAUUAUUGCGGUCCGUAGAUGUGGGUAAAAGCCGAAGAUCCAAGUCGAACAGUACUAAGAUGACAUCAAGUAGACACGAUGUGGUUUGCUCCGGCUGUCCUGUCAGUGACCACAGUCGUGCAGGUGAUGGGAACGGGAUAAUGAACAACUACAGCACAGCUAGUGCUGUGCGCGGUGGAGCACGAGGUGACAAGCUACUGCCGAGUCCUAGUGACGGGAGCGGACAAGCAGUGAGACACGUGAAUGGGGUCGCUGACAGGAGGGAAGCAGAUCAAGACAGUAACAUUUGCCGCAGUUGCGGUGUCGGCAUACCAACCGGCGUGCCGUUUGUAAUUGAAGGUCUUUCGGGCGAUCGAUACCACGAGGAGUGCUUCCUCUGUGUUGAUUGUGGGAAACAGGUAUGUAUCUCUUGUAUUACGAGUAGUUUGAGAAUGAAUAUAUCAUACUUUUAUCAGUAUUCACCAGGUCCUCCGGGUCCAAAAAGUGAAUCCCUAAGCCCAAGUCAUCCUGAGUCCUCACAGCUAGACUCGACAGUGACUUAAUCGAACUUAUACAACAGGUGGACAGCGAAGAGUAUAAGCCGACUGAGGACGGACCGCAGUGUUUAGAGUGCGCGUUACCGCAGUGUCACCAGUGCCGCAAUCUAAUUUUGGGGACGGUGUGCGUCGCGCGGACCCCAGAAGGUGUGGAUUUGAAAUUCCAUACGCAAUGCUUACGGUGUAUAAAGUGCGGGCAUUCCAUACAACACAAGUACAAAGCCGGGGAGGAUGGGUUCUUGUGCCGCUCGUGCGCGAACCCGCACUGCGAUCGAUGCAAGAAAAUCAUUGAUGGUACUUAAUAUAAAGUAGGAUAUUUGCCUUGAGGAUUGCAUUGAUGGCAAUAUAAAGAAAAUUAUUAUAUCGUAAAAUUUCCUUGAGGAUUAAGAUUAUGUGAGCUCUAAUGUCUGAUUGUCCUCUUGAUACCAAGCCGAUGGUGGACAUUGAUUUUUUGCUCCAUGUUCAGACAAGUAGGCUGUGGGUCUGCCACUUGCUAUUUCUACAGGCACGUAACUAUUUUCUCUACAAUCAUUUAUCAGGUGGGAGCCAGUACUACCUGAACUCGACGACGAAAGCGCCGAUCUGUGGAGAAUGUCACGUGCCUGCAACGGGUAGCCGCGGAACCGUUAGCUGCGCCCAUUACGCUGUCGUUGCACCACCCGAAAGCUUCGUGAUGCGUCCUGUAGUGGAGGAGGUUUCAACCUCAACCACCGAAAUUCGUGGACAAGAGUACGAUUACCUGCAAUCGUCGCGAAGAGGUGGAUCACGGGAGCAACACCAGCAACUUACUACUUCGAAGAGCUCAAUUCGAAAUCACGGUCCUCUAGGAACAGCUGGGGGAACGGCAACACAGAUGCCAGCGUCGAGUACCACGAAUUUUCAUCGACCUCGUAAUCUUGGUGCUGGAGGGGGUGCAACAACGACUUUGCCAGAGUCGCAGCCUCCGUUUUUGCGUAGCUCUCCACGACUCCACGAUAGAGAAAUACAUCAAGAACAAGAACAGAACCAACCUGCUCCCUAUACGAGUACGAGUUCGUCUUCUACAACGCGCAGAGUUGAGGUGUGUCCGCAACAACGACCUAUCCUUUCAACGACGCACUUUGACAGACGCGAAGCGAUACCGAGUAGCUACUUCCAGGACAUUGAACGCGAACAUGCGGAAAACGAUCAUAAUUUGGCGCCGUCCAGUGCAACUGCGCAUAUGACUACGUUUAGCUCGCGUGCUGUACCAGACCGAGCUCCAAUAGUGCAGCGGACUUACGUUGUGGAGCGCGACCCUGCACUGCCGCGAAAGAACUACAACACCCCAGACGCUCUGUCUUCGAGCAGUGUUCGUUACGAUACCACUAGUGGCAUGAAUGUGCAAAGAGAGAGACCGAGGCUAGCAAGCUCCGAUAGGAUUGCGGUAGAAGAGGGAUACACCAGAGGCUACAACGAUCCGCGGCCAACGCCAGUGUCUGGCUUUCAUCAAUCGCCCACUUACACGACCUCUGCACGGCGAGAGGCGGCGCCUGUUACCCAUGGUGGAGGUACCACACAUGUUACAGUCGAAGAAAGGGCGAUACCAAUCGGAUCCGGGGCCCACUCAGCGACAACCAGAAUGAAUUUGGCAGACGCUCUGCGGCCAAACUAUGAAGCUGUGGAGCCACAACACAUGGUAACCGAAACUCGUAGACCGGUUGCUCCGCCGCCUAGUGACGCAUUCAGUCGGAGUGUGACGACGACAACAACAACGAGGCCCUUAGCCACUGGCGGAGGUGGAUUUCACAGUACGCGACGUCACGUCGAGGAGCGGCCGCAGAGUGCUCAAAGUGAACGCAUUGAGGUCAGAUCACUGCCGCGAUCGACGCAGCAAGUGGUCCAUGAGAGCGGCGUGGACCAGAUCACUACUGUAGCGCCACAGCACGCGGUAAAGGAGGAAGUCACACGCAUGCUGCCACAGCGGACGCAAUCGUUUGAAGUCUCGCAGCCUUCUGUUGCGGCUGCACCGCAUGCUCUGCAUGUGAACAGUUACCACGACCACGAGCCGCAACGGGACGAGCGACCUCAGACUUACCAGUCAACUACGUUUACGAGCGGGCCUACUUUAGCUCCACGACCUCGACAGGAGCACCGCGAGGUCAUGUCGACCACGACGCGGACAGCCACACGACCGCUUCCGCGGACACCAGGAUGGUCAUCUGGUUCAUACAACAGCACUUCCAGCAAGGAGAGACUGCCUCAAACCGCUGCUGUGCCGCAGCGGCCGCCCGUCUUUCAUUCUGCCACCGGUCCAGCUCCGCCUACUAACGGUUUCCGGAGUGAAUACCUCACGGAAGAACAACCGUUAAGAGGGGCCCGGGGCCCACCUGCUUCGGCGCCGCCGCGACUCGUGGUGACGACCAGGGAGGAUGAACGCAGCCAGGCGGCGGCGCCAUCAUUUCGCUGCGGCCCUUCUGCAGCGACCUUACAUCAACAUAGCCACAGCUUUGUUCCUUCACGGGAGGCUACUGUACCAGUGUCGUCGGAGCAAACACGAACAAAGGGCUUAGGGCCAAGGCGGUACCCGCCUGAGUAUGGUGCCCAACAUAGUGGUAGAGACGCGAUGAGCUCUGGGGAGCCGCACCACCCUCCACAAACAGUGUACGAAGAAACGACUGUGACAACGACCGCCCAGCCACAGCCGCCCGUUGCACGUGAGGCACCCGUGCCGCGGAUGAACGGCGGCACAUUUGAGAGUGAUAGCCGUGCCGUGCCUCCGCCGGAGCACCUUCGAUCACACCGCCGUUAUCCGCGACUACCGGCGACGAAUUUCGCGUCUGAGAUUCCUCCCGAGGAAGAUGUAGCGGCCGCGCCGCCUGUACAACCACCAUACCCUACAGAUAGGUACGCAACAGAAGAGGUGGUUACCACGACAAGAACACUCCCUUCUCCUUUGCACCCGCAUCACCAGCACUCGUACGUAGGCGGUUAUCGUGCGUCCCCACUGCAGGCUGUUCCACCACAUGCUUCAUCGUCCUCGCAUCAUGCUGCGUAUCAACCCUCUCAUCAGCAGCAUUAUGAACCUCCACAGUACGCACGCGCUGGUCCUGCGGAACCUAGGUAUCCGCACACAAGCGGGCAUUGGCUGCAAAGCUCGGCACAGUGGGAAAACGACCGCGCUCCACCUCACACGGUUGAGCAUCAUACAACUAGUAUUGGCCCAUACCAUUAUGAUCAUGGAGAAGCGGAACCUCCAGCAGAGGGUACCCCGCGGGUGCACCCACAAUACCACCCUGGUGCUGGACCGCCUCCGCACGACUACAAUGUGACAAGCUCAACAUUCAAGAGCACUGCGGAUCGCGAGCGUGGCGGCCCUAGUAGAGUUGGUUUGGGUCCGACACCGAGUCCAACUUAUGAUCAGCAUCACGAAAGUAGAGUGUUUUCGGAACAUCACCACCAGCAGCUUCCACCAGCAGAUCACAUUAAUGGAGGAGUAACCUUUUUUGCGCCCGACGGAAGGCUCUUCCAGGAAGUCGAUCCGAAUUCUGUGCAUCCAGACGAGAUUGCGCAGCAUAUGGCGGCUAUGAAUGGCGCUCCUGGCGAACACCAUGGCGACUAUGAGCACCAGUUCGCAAGCUCUUCGCGUUCGAGAGGUCGCAAAAAACGACGAAAAAGUAAGUCCUCUUACCGUGGAGGCGCCUCAAGCGGUCGAACACAUAGGACAAGAAGUCUUUCACCACGUAGAAGGACUUCGAGGACGGCUCGAAGUAGAUUUGAUGACGAAAGCGACAUUACUGGAUCUUCAGGGGACGAAGAGGACCUACUAGAAAACGAAUACUACAAUAAUCGUGGUCCGCGACCGCGGGAAGGUGUCCUCGGAGGAGAGCCGCCAUCUGGUUCUUCCUAUCGUAGUGAGUUCACUUUUGGUGGCGGAAGUAGGGACGUCGAUAGUCAUCGUGGCGAUAGCGGUGCGCGGUCUCGGGGACGCUCGAAGGGCUCCAACAGAAGUCGGGACCGUGGAAAACCAACGAGCUCAAAGCGGCACUUCGAAGAUUAUGAUGAGGGCUUUGAUGAAGAGGAAAUGAACGAGGCAGAGGCGGACAACGCAGCAGACGGUGGACGAGGGCGCCACAGAUUAGCGGACGCAGAGGAACACAGGACUGCAUUUAGAAGCGGACAACAAGGAUUUGGGUCGAGUAACUCGAGCAGCAGAAAGGCACUCUCUUCGCGGAGCACCACCGCCUCGCGCCAGCGGGCCCCUGCUACUGGGCAGUUCUCUUCUCGGAGCCGCAGAGGAAGCCCCGAAAUAAGCGAUGAAGAUGAUCGUGCUGGUUCUGGUGCAGAUGAUGCCGAAAAUAGUGCUGGUGGUAAUCAGGGGAAGGACAUGCAUGGAAGCGCUCGAUUGAGAAGCGGUUCCACUCGUCGACGACACAGAAGACAUUCAUCUCGUGGUGGGGCUCGUGGUGAGGAACAGGGUAGCAGUACUAAGCAAGACCAAGAGGAGCAGCAGGACGAUGUGACUCAAACUCCGAGCCCGCAGCCACGGAGCAAAGCGCCACUGCGCCGUGGGUCGACGAAAGGCGUUUUGGAGAAGAGAGGUCACUCACCCACGGGCACAGAAGAGGCAACGAGUUCCGCAAGCGUGUUUGCAACAAACGUUCUAACGAGACCGGCCCGUAGGUUGAUCGGGCCAUUUAUCGGGCCGCCUCCGCCGGGUGCAAAAAUUGUGCCGGCUUUCUAAAUGAAUUAAGUAGGCCUUUUCCUUGACCUAGCAAUUAACAAGAACAUGUACCAUAACGAAAAUGUAAAUGACUGUUAGUUUUCUUCGACAAGUUUGAAACCUCUUCUCAGCUCUCUUGAAUAUAUGUGCAUUUGUAGUUUUGCAGCGCCUUGUCGGAUUAUAGGGCAUGAUAUUGUGGUGGUGAUGUUGCCGUGUGGUUGUUCCACGCUUGCAGCUGAGAAGUCCCACUUGUGAUUUCAUUUUCUUUUCCGUGUCUUCAUAAUAUUGUGUCGAAGUCUUCUAUUGAUUUUUUCAAACGCAAACCGCGCAAGCGCUGUAAUUUUCUUUUCCGCAGAAAACCGAAAUUCAAUAGAUUUAUUGCGCAAAUACCGUCAGGAUUAUUAUUUCGUAAAUAAAGUACAUGUACAAGUAUCUUCUAGUUCUAGAGCUCGAUAACGUUGGAAAACUCGUUAUCUGAAUGAGCAGUGCGAUGGUCGUUUCUCAUGAAUCUUUCUGUGAGUGGUAUCUUCUAUGUUGUACACGUAGUUAUUCUGCUACAGGGAGAGACGUCGAGAGCGUCUGCAAUGAUGAUGUGAAAAUUAAGUAGAGCAGCUGAAACCGCGGCAAUAUUUGAACCUGGAACAACACCGCCUUUUCGUCACGUAGAUUCAUAUUUUUUCCGAUUUGUGCCUGCUGUAUCCAAAAAUGAUGUAACACCGCGCCCACCAGGCAGAAUUGUACCCUGUCCCAACGCCUGACGUAUGAAUGCAGAGCCAUAACCCCACUCGUCACCCCCCUGUCACCAAACUUGUAGAAUUCAUUACGCAAGUUCUUAUUUUGGCAUUUGUGUCGAAGGAAACCAAGUUUCUCUGAAUUUUUGGGAUUGCAU